AACUUCGAUAAACCCUAGAAGAAGAAAGAGCCUUUUAGGGUUUGUCAACUUCCAUCAACCAAACGAAGCUACAAUUUGAGCAACACAGUUCAGUGAGCUCACUCUAAUCUUCGCCAUGGGUCGUAUGCACAGUCGCGGUAAGGGUAUCUCAGCGUCGGCUCUUCCUUACAAGAGAACUCCUCCAAGUUGGCUUAAGAUCUCUGCUCCAGAUGUGGAGGACAAUAUCUGCAAGUUUGCGAAAAAAGGACUGACACCUUCACAAAUUGGUGUGAUUCUUCGUGAUUCUCAUGGAAUUGCUCAAGUCAAGAGUGUCACCGGGAGCAAGAUUUUGCGUAUCCUCAAAGCUCACGGACUUGCUCCUGAGAUUCCGGAGGAUCUAUACCACCUUAUUAAGAAGGCAGUUGCCAUCAGGAAGCAUUUGGAGAGGAACAGAAAGGACAAGGAUUCCAAGUUCCGCUUGAUUUUGGUGGAGAGUAGGAUUCACCGCCUUGCUCGUUAUUACAAGAAAACUAAGAAGCUACCACCUGUCUGGAAAUAUGAGUCUACCACAGCAAGUACACUAGUAGCUUAAACUGAGACAUGGAUGGAUUAUUAGCUUUGAGAAGAAAGAUUGAUCAGCUGAAGUCUUUUCUUCUCUAUGUAUUCGAAUAGUUCUCAGGUCCAUUUUUUUGAAUUCUGAUACUUAUAGAUGCUUUAAUUUGGGUAUUGAUGUCAAUUUCUUUCGACUACUCGAUGAAUAUCAAGCUCUACUCAGCCUUUUUCUUGUUCA